GUAUCGAAUUGCAGCAUCUGGUUUCGAUUUGAUUGUGAUUCUUGAAAUGUUUAUUAGAUUUAGUUGGUAUGUUAUAAUAUAUUGAAAAUGUCCAGUAGUGGAGGGCUUACCGUUGAACAGAAAAGGAAGAUAGAAGAAAAUAGACAGAAGGCUUUGGCAAAACGAGCUCAGAAAACAUCCCCAAACAAAUCUGAGUAUGGGGUCAAUAAUAACAGGACAUCUGGAAAUAUACAAAAAACAGUAAAUUUUACACCAUCAACAAACAAAACAUCUGUCACUAGUAGCUCUAAACUGGUGUCUACAACAGAAGUACAAUAUUCUGGUAAUUUGUUUAAAGGAAAUAAUCUACCAAGGCAAACCUCUUACUCUUCAUCAAACAAUAAGAAUAGCCUUAGCAAUCAGAUUAACAAACAUAGUGCUCAUACUCUCUCUAAUCAAAAUGUAGUUAGUUUAUCGAGUCAAAACAGUUCUUCAGGAACAUAUAGACCAUAUACUAGUACUAGUGGUGUGGCUUCAAAUAAUGCUAGUUCAAGUAACAGUUCAAAUAAACCAUUCUGUAACACUUCUGCAGGGAAUAGUGCUUCAAGUUCUGGUCUGCAUAAACCAUUCACUUCAACAAUCUCACACAGUACUGAAUCAAAACCAACACAGAACUUUAAAGAAAUUCUGCCAUCACAAGAAAAAAAUGCAGAUAAACAGAGGAAUAUAUUUGGUGUUGGUGUUAAGCCAGUUAAAGGACAAUGUAUAUUAAUAUCAAGAGAGAGGUUUGAAGUCAAAGUUGGUUAUAGUCAGCCAUUGAUAGAGCUGUUUAAAAAGAUGAAGACUAAAAUGUAUGAUGCUGUUACCAAAAAGUGGUCAUUUAUGCUUGAAGAGUAUGAAGCAUUCAUGAAGGAAGUAACAGUAUUUAGACCACAUGUGACAAUAGAGCCUCUACCAAGGGCAAUUUUACAGGUGUUUAAUUCACAGUUAAAAGGAAAUUACCCUAUUAAAGACAUCCCUAAUGCUGACCUUUCUGAAGUGGAUGUAUCACUUGUCAACUCAUUAUUGUCCUUUCAGAGGGAAGGAGUCAAUUUUAGUGUAUCAAAGAAUGGAAGGGUUUUGAUAGCAGAUGACAUGGGACUAGGGAAGACAAUACAGGCUAUUUGUUUGGCAUGUUACUACAGGGAGGAGUGGCCAUUACUAAUUAUAGUACCAUCUUCUGUCAGAUUUGACUGGGCACAGCAAAUUAGAAGAUGGGUACCAAGUAUAGACCCACAGGAAAUUUCCGUAGCAACAACAGGAAAGGACACAUCAUCUAAUCAAGUAAACAUUGUGACUUAUGACCUUGUGGCCAGAAAAGCUAAAUAUUUACAAGAAAAACAUUUCCAAGUUGUAAUUGUGGAUGAAUGUCAUUUACUGAAAAAUUACAAAACAGCAAGAUGUAAAGCAGCAUUACCUAUUUUACAGAAUGCUCAUCGAGUGAUAUUACUCAGUGGUACACCAGCACUUUCCCGACCAUCAGAGUUAUUUACACAGAUAUCAGCUAUUUCUCCAUUCAUGUUUAAGUUCCAAGAUUUUGGUAUUCGAUACUGUGAUGGUAAACAUCAACCAUGGGGUUGGGAUUUUUCUGGAUCCUCAAAUAUGGCAGAACUUCAGAUUCUUUUAGAAGAAAAAAUUAUGAUCAGGAGAUUAAAGAAGGACGUACUUAAAGAAUUACCAGCCAAAGUACGACAAAUGGUACUUCUGGAUCCUGGUGCAAUUAAAAGUACUAAAGAUUUGAAAAAGGCUUCAAAAGUGAUGGACAUAAAAAAUUUGAAGGGUAUGGAAAGAAGAGGUGCUCUGUUAGAAUAUUUUCACCAUACAGGAACAGCCAAAAUACAAGCUGUUAAAGAUUAUUUGACAGAUUUAUUUGAAACAGACAGAAAAUUUUUAAUGUUUGCCCAUCACCAAGAAUUUUUAGAUUCUGUAGAAGAAUUAGCUCAAUCUAAACUUGGAAAAAACUAUAUCCGAAUAGAUGGAAAAACAUCACCAGAAAAAAGAAAUUACUUCUGUAAGAAGUUCCAGGAAAAUCCAGAUUAUAAACUGGCUAUUUUAUCAAUCACAGCUGCUAAUGCAGGCAUUAAUCUAUCAGCAGCUACUUUGGUUGUGUUUGGUGAACUUUUCUGGAAUCCAGGGAUACUUGUACAAGCUGAAGACAGAGCACAUAGAAUGGGACAACAGGACAUGGUCAGUGUACAUUACUUAGUGGCCCAAAACACGGCUGAUGACCAAAUAUGGCCCUUGGUACAGAAGAAAUUAGAUGUUUUGAACAAGGCUGGACUAAGUAAAGAUGACUUUUCUUCUGCAGAUACAACAACAACAAGACUAAAGGAUAGCAGGCAAACAGAUUUGAUGCAGUACUUUGAGGAAUCCUUCAUAGAAGAGGAUGACAGUUUUAUUACUGAAAAUGUUGACCAAAUAGAAGGACAUGAUGACAAUGAGGUUGAUUAUACACAUUCCAAAAAAGAUGGAUCUUUACUUAACUAUUUUUCCAGCAAGAAAAAGGAAUCUUCUAAAAAUGUGCCAACAAACAGUUCAUUCAAAAAUACUAAUACACAACAAACAAGUGGACAAUGUGCUAAUAUUGAAGGUCAGAGUUCAAAGGAUGAUUUUGAAGAUGACCUGGAACUUUUAAUGGAUGAUGAUGACUGGGAUGAAGAGCCACAACAAAAAAAAAUUAAAACUUGAACUAAUAUUUUGAUUAUUGUGCAAUAAUUACAAGAUCUGAUGAAGGUGCUAUCUCUUAUUUUCUGAUACAUAAGAAACAAAUUGUUAUAAUAAAAAUUUUCAUUCAGCAGUAAGAA